UCCGACGGGUUGGCCAAACUGGGCUACAUGCCUGGCCAUGAAUUUUUUGCCCUUGCAGCACCCGGCGCCGAUAUGGUAGGUGAUGACGUAUGCAAUGCCGACCUCUUACGCCUCAAACCUGCUAACACUGUUCAAGAUGUCCUUGUCCAGAAUUUUCUAGAAGUGGCCAACUAUCAAUACUACUGCAUCUUCCCAGAGCAGCUUCGCGGACAGAAUGCAGCAUGGUGGGAUGCAAGGGCAGCGGGUCAGAGGCUCAGCCCCGAGCUCACCUGUCUCCUGAUCCGUGUCUGCGCCGUGUCCACCCAAUAUCUGGAGACCUCGCUACGGCAGAGACUCGAGCAGGAGCUGGGUGAGAAGUCCCAGGCCCUGACGGAGCGCUUGCACGCAGCCGCCCAGAAGCUCAGCUCGUCGAUCCCGAGGGGCACGGGUGGGGUUGUGCAGGUGCAGCAGCUCUUCCUUGAGGCGUCCUGGUUUAAGUCAGAGGCAGCCGUGGUGGACUCCUGGCAUGCCUUGAGCGGUGCUAUACGCGAAGCACAAGAGAUUGGCAUGCAUAAACCAGCAGAGGGGCUGCCUGACUUUGACCGUGAGCUGCGGAACAGGUUAUGGUGUAUCCUCUGGACGUGGGACUGGCAAAUGUCCACUCUGCUUUCUCGCCCACUUCUCAUCGACCAAGACGACCACAAACUAGAGAUACCCGAUGGUCGAUUAGAGAACAUCACAAACCCCGAGAUACCCCACCCCUUGGGCUCUGUCGCCCUUCAAGCACAACUUGGUCUCUACGUCUCCCAUUUAUUCCAGAAGAUGGACUCCGACCGCUCUGUAAAGCUUAUCCUCGACAUUGAGGAUGCUUUGGAAAAGUGGAUGGGCACGUUCCCAGCCGCCCUGCGCGACCACCGGCCUGAUACACGCUGGGAUCAGAAGUACCACUACAUCCCUUUUAUGCGCUGCCAAGUCAACAUCAUCGCCUACUGCUAUCUGCUUGCGCCAUUGAAAACCUUUCUGUGCGGAACUGCCGACCCGAAGAUCAUGAAUACACAACUCGGUGCCAACCUCAGGCUCAAGGGCGUCGAUACGUGUCUGGACCUGAUGAAGGCUGGGGAGAAAUUCUACGACCUGAUCUUCCCGCAAAGCAUCAAAUAUUUCUUUAUCAUCUUCUUCUUGUUCGACGCCGCUACUACCAUGUGCUCUGCUAUCGUCCACGAUACGGAACACACCCUACCCAAGCGCAGCCAGUGUCUCCGCGCUGUCCGCACAGCGCAGGAGCUGAUGGACGGCAUGGCGAACCUGUCUGAGUCGGCACGGAUCUCGGCCUCACUUUUAAGGAAGUUGACUGCUACGCUGCCGCUCACCUUGGCAGAAAAACAAACUCUCGGG